UUCUUGUCAAUUCCAUCCAUAUUGCUUGUUAUUAUUAUUAUUUCCCUUUUCUAUAAAAAAUAUCAACUUGAAUGCGCCAUUCUCUUUCAUUUAUUUGUUUCUUUGCCUAUAUUCUUUAAUUUAAUCAAUUCCUUCCACAAACUUGGGCUUUCAGAUAUUCAUUCAUUCACACACAAACACACUCUCUAGUUACUCCCACUUCAAGCAAAGAUUAGGAGAUUAUGGUGAAUUUAGGAUUGUUUUCUGAGAUCAAGCCCUUAGUAUCAGUGAAUGUGAGGUUUAGGAUACCUUACUACACUCAAUGGGGUCAGAGUUUGGUUGUGUGUGGGUCUGAACCGAUGCUCGGGUCCGGAAAUGUGAAAAAGGGAAUUUUAUUGACCCCUUUUCACGAAGGUGAAGAGCUUAUAUGGGCUGGGAGUUUGACCGUUCCGGUUGGGUUUCAAAGUGAGUAUAGUUAUUAUGUAGUGGACGAUGAGAAAAAUGUCAUACGAUGGGAAGUUGGACAUAAGAGGAAAUUGGCUCUGCCGGAUGGAGUUGAAAAUGGAAAGGUGGUCGAGUUUCAUGAUCUUUGGCUGAAUGGUAGUGAUGGUCUCCCUUUUAAAAGUGCAUUCAAGAAUGUCAUUUUUUGCAAGAGUAGUAGUUUGGCUAUUGAAAAACCACUUGGCAUGGUUCAGAAUAAAUUGGAUCAUGAAGAUUCGGUUAUAGUCCAAUUCAAGAUAUGCUGCCCAAAUAUAGCAGAAGGAACUUCAAUAUACGUAAUUGGCAGCUUAGGAGAGUUGGGGAGAUGGAAGGUUCAUGAUGGACUUAAACUAAAUUAUGCCGGCGAAUCCGUUUGGGAAGGAGACUGUGUAGUACCAAAGGGUGCUUUCCCUUUAAAAUAUAAAUACUGUAAAUAUGGGAAGAAUGGUAAUUUCUCGUUAGAAUAUGGUUCAAAUCGGGAGGUCUCGGUUGACAUUUCAGCCAGUGGACCAAAUUACGUUAUUCUUUCAGAUGGCAUGAUGCGAGAAAUGCCUUGGCGUGGUGCUGGUGUUGCAAUACCGAUGUUUUCAGUGAGAUCAGAGGAUGACGUAGGAGUUGGGGAGUUUCUUGAUCUGAAAUUAGUUGUAGACUGGGCUGUUGCCUCUGGAUUCCAUUUACUCCAGCUUUUGCCUAUAAACGAUACUUCUGUGCACAAAAUGUGGUGGGAUUCAUAUCCAUACAGCUCUCUCUCUGUAUUUGCAUUGCACCCGCUGUACCUACGUCUCCAGGCACUUUCACAAAGUAUACCAGAUGAUGUCAAUCAAGAAAUACAGAGGGCAAAGAAAGAGCUCGACGGGAAGGAUGUAGAUUACGAGGCCACAAUGGCCACAAAGCUUUCAAUUGCCAAGAGGAUUUUUGAUCUGGAAAAGGAUUUGAUACUAAAUUCUAGUUCCUUCAAGAUUUUUAUGUCUGAAAAUGCGGAAUGGUUGAAACCGUAUGCUGCUUUCUGUUUUUUACGAGAUUUCUUUGGAAGUUCAGACCACAGCAAUUGGGGCACGUUUACUCAUUUUUCAAAAGCUAAGCUUGAAAAGCUCGUGUCCAAAGACAGCUUCCAUUAUGACAUUAUAUGCUUCCAUUACUAUAUACAGUACCAUUUGCACUUACAAUUGUCAGAAGCAGCAGAAUAUGCAAAAGAGAAAGGUGUGGUUUUAAAAGGAGACCUCCCAAUAGGUGUAGAUAGAAACAGUGUAGACACUUGGGUAAAUCCAAAUUUGUUCCGCAUGACCACUUCUACCGGCGCCCCACCCGAUUAUUUUGAUAAAAAUGGGCAAAAUUGGGGGUUUCCCACAUACAAUUGGGAGGAAAUGUCUAAAGACAACUAUGCAUGGUGGCGUGCUCGUUUAUCACAGAUGGCGAAUUAUUUCACGGCUUAUCGGAUAGAUCACAUAUUGGGUUUCUUUAGAAUCUGGGAGCUUCCAGAACAUGCAGUGACAGGUCUAGUCGGAAAAUUUCGACCUUCUAUACCUCUUAGUCAGGAAGAGCUUGAAAAAGAAGGAAUAUGGGACUUUGAUCGAUUGAGCAAACCAUACAUUCUGCAGGAGUUUUUACAGGAAAAAUUUGGACCUUCAUGGAUAGUUGUAGCCUCUCAUUUCAUGAAUGAAUUUCAGAAAAACCGUUAUGAGUUCAAGGAUGAUUGCAACACUGAGAAAAAGAUUGCUGCCAAGCUAAAAUCACUUGUUGAGAAGUCAUUAUUGUUGGAAAGUGAAGAAAAAUUAAGGCGUGAUCUCUUUGAUCUUCUCCAGAAUAUAGUGCUUAUAAGGGACCCCGAGGAUGCUAGGAGUUUUUAUCCUCGUUUUAACCUGGAAGAUACGUUGAGCUUCAAGGAUUUGGAUGAUUACAGCAAGAACAUUUUGAGAAGAUUAUAUUACGACUACUAUUUUCGUCGACAAGAAACGCUUUGGCGUCAAAAUGCCAUGAAAACGCUGCCUGCUCUUCUAAACUCAUCUGAUAUGUUAGCCUGUGGAGAAGAUCUAGGCCUAAUUCCAUCUUGUGUUCAUCCUGUAUGUCUUCUCUUAUUGUAUUUUAUCUAUAUGUGUUUCUGUAACCUUUUUCUGAUUGAAGCUAUUCAUCAAGGCUUAUGUUUAGAAAUGAACUUGGUGCAGGUUAUGCAGGAACUAGGAUUAAUAGGAUUACGUAUUCAACGUAUGCCAAGUGAGGCGGAUUUGGAGUUUGGUAUUCCUUCUCAAUAUGAUUAUAUGACCGUAUGUGCUCCAUCAGUUCAUGAUUGUUCUACCUUACGUGCAUGGUGGGAAGAAGAUGAAGAUAGAAGACGUUCAUUUUUCAAAACCAUGGUGGGUUCUGACAGUUUGCCACCAAAGCAAUGUAUUCCGGAAAUAGCAUAUUUUGUCCUUCGUCAGCAUGUGGAGGCUCCAUCAAUGUGGGCAAUUUUCCCUUUACAGGAUUUAUUAGCAUUAAAAGAAGAAUACACUACUCGCCCUGCGACAGAGGAGACUAUCAAUGAUCCUACAAAUCCUAAGCAUUACUGGCGAUUCCGUGUUCAUGUGACUAUCGAGUCUCUGUUGAAGGACACAGAACUUACAACCACGAUUAAAGGACUUGUUCGUGGCAGUGCAAGAUCAUAUCCUGGUCAAGAAGAAGAAGCACAACCAGCAGUAACCAAUUUCUCAGUGGUUCCAGAAAAGCAGCAAAUUGCCAAUGAUCAGGACCAGAUUCGUCUCCCAAACCAAGAUUCAAAAAUCACACGCAUAGCAGUUGUGUAAGGUUAUUCACAAAUUUACAAAUGUUCCUACAAGUCAAUUGACUUUUGGCAUGGAUUACCCUCGCCAUAAAGGCAUGUUAAUCAAUGCUUUUUUUUAUGGUUGAUAUGUUUAUAAUCAGUAUGGGCUUUGAACUCUUUGAAAACAAAUGACGGAAUAGAAGUUCUGUUCAUAGCUCCAGCAACUUCUACUUGAUCAAUCGGCGAAUAAAAACUAAUUCGAAUUUGUA